UCGAGUUCUCUUUCGGCCCCCUCCCUUGACUGGGGACAAAUCGUCUUAAGGACUUCUCUGUCAGUGGCACAUUGUAAAUAUCCUUUUCCCGCCAUUUCUCAGCUUCGUACCUCGCCUAUCGCCAUUCGGCUUCUACUUCAUCCACGAAAGGCAGGAAUCUAGCAGUUGAUCUUUCGUUUGGGUUUCGGACGGAGCGUUGAUCGGCCAUGACUGAUUCAUGGGUUCCUUCAGGGCAAAGCCCUCACUUUCAUCACCCAACCGCUGGCAUCAUCAAGAGGGUUCGAUUGGAGAACUUCAUGUGUCAUAGCAGCCUCGAGAUUGAGCUUGGAGAGUGGGUCAAUUUCAUUACUGGUCAAAAUGGAAGUGGCAAGAGCGCAAUCCUAACUGCAUUGUGUGUUGCAUUUGGAUGUCGAGCAAGAGGGACUCAGAGAGCAGCGACUCUGAAGGAUUUUAUAAAAACUGGCUGCAGUUAUGCUGUUAUCCAUGUGGAAAUGAAAAAUGAAGGGGAAGAUGCUUUUAAGCCACAAAUAUAUGGUGAUAUGAUCACCUUAGAACGUAGGAUAUCUGAAUCCACGAGCUCCAUUGUGUUAAAAGACUACAAAGGAAAGAAGGUUGCCAGUCGGAAAGCAGAACUCCAGGAAAUGGUUGAGCAUUUUAAUAUUGAUGUGGAGAAUCCGUGUGUAGUUAUGAGCCAAGACAAAAGCAGGGAAUUUUUGCAUUCGGGAAAUGAUAAGGAUAAAUUUAAGUUCUUUUACAAAGCUACACUUCUUCAGCAAGUUGAUGAUCUUUUGGAAAGUGUUUCUAAAGGAUUAGAGCAUUCAUUUGGACUUCUUGGAGGAUUGGAGGCUACAAUAAGGCCUGUAGAGAAGGAGCUUAAUGAGUUGAGAGUCAAAAUUACAAACAUGGAACAAGUUGAACAAAUAUCACUGCAGAUUCAGCAAUUAAAGAAAAAACUUGCUUGGUCAUGGGUUUAUGAUGUGGACAAGCAAAUCCGGGAUCAAUAUUCAAAGAUUGAUAAAUUAAAGGAUCGAAUACCUACUUGCCAAGCCAAAAUUGAUGACCAACUGCAUCGGGUUGAAGAGUUGAGGGCAUAUUUACAUAAUAAGAAAGGGCAUAUCAAAAACUUAUUUGAAAAGACAUCAGAAGUGAAGCAGAAGAAGCAAAAUUUACAACAAUCUAUAUCUAUGGCUAGAAAAGAAGUACUUGAAAAAGAACAAGAGUGCAAACGCAUAACUGUCAGUAUUGAGAAGAUGGUAAAGCGUGUUAGGACUCUUGAAGAACAGGUGCAGGAUGUUUAUGAGAAGCAUGCACAAAGUACUCAGGCUGAAGAAUCUGAGAUAGAGGAGAUACUGAAGGUGCUCCAAAACGAGGUUGCUGCUGCUGAAUCAGCUCUGACAAGGUUGAGGGAAGAGGAAGCUACACUAUCUGACGAUGUUCAAAGACAAAGUAAUGAAAUAAAGAAGAUUGCUGAUGAAAUUGAAGGACAUGAUAGACGUUAUCGUGAUAUCAACUUUUCCAUCCGUGAGCUUAAACAACACCAAACCAAUAAGGUCGCAGCUUUUGGAGGAGAUAGAGUGAUGAACCUACUGCGUAUUAUUGAGAGAAGCUGUAGGAGGUUUAAGAGGCCACCUAUUGGCCCAAUUGGUGCCCAUCUGAACCUGGUCAAUGGUGAUAAGUGGGGUGUUGCUAUUGAGCAUGCAAUUGGGAAGAUGCUGAAUGCUUUUAUAGUGACUGAUCAUAAGGAUUCUCUUCUUUUGAGAGAAUGUGCAAGGGAAGCAAACUAUGGUCACCUCCAAAUUUUUAUUUAUGAUUUUUCAAGAUCACGAUUGUCUUUACCAACACACAUGCUUCCCCAGACAACACAUCCAUCGAUCCUUUCUGUUUUAUAUUCAGCGAAUGACACUGUGAUUAAUGUCUUAGUGGAUCUGGGGAGCAUUGAGAGACAAAUUCUUGUUAGGGAUUAUGAUACGGGCAAAAUGGUUGCAUUUGAUCAAAGGAUUCCAAAUCUGAAGGAGGUCUUCACCUCAGAUGGAUAUAAAAUGUUUUCUCGGGGCUCAGUGCAGACUGUUCUUCCCCCUAAUAAGCGGCAGAGAACUAGUCGACUGUGUAGUUCUUUUGAUAAUCAAAUUAAUGUUCUUGAAGUUGAUGCAUCCCACGAACAAGAAGCAGCUAAUCGCUUAAAGAGAAAUAAAAGGGAGGCUGAAGAGAAGCUUGAGAUUCUUGAUAGGCAGCUAAGGCAUGUAAAGAGGCUUUGUUCAAAUGCAGUGAAGGAUUUGUCUUCUAAGAAAUUAGCAUUCGAAGAUGAGAAGAACCAGCAUGCUAUGGCAAAUCAAUCAUCACCUGCAUCAUCUGUGGAUGAGAUUCAACAAGAAAUUUCUGAAGUCCAACACGAAAUACAAAGGAAGAGGGAAUUGUUGAAAGAAUGCCAGAGUAGGAAGAAUGAAGCAGCAGUAAAGGCUGAUAAUCUUAAAGUAUCCUUUGAAGAACUAUGUGCAUCGACACAAGAAGAGAUCAGUGCCCUUGAGAAAACAGAGAAUGAACUAAUGCAGAUUGAACGGGACAUGCGUUCAGCAGAAGAGGAGAAGGCUCAUUAUGAAGGGAUCAUGCAACGCAAGGUACUCCCAGAUAUCAAGGAGGCAGAGGCACGCUACAUGGAGCUUAAGCAGCAACGAGAGGAGUACAACAAAAAGGCUUCUAUAAUUUGUUGCGAGGAUGAACUUCAAUCUUUAGGUGGUUGUGAUGGAAGCACACCAGAGCAAGUCAGUGCACAGAUAGAAAGACUAGCUCAGAGACUCAAGCGUGAGAGCCAAAGAUACACAGAAUCAUUAGAUGAUCUCAGGAUGUUGUGUGAGAAAAAAGAACGCAAGAUCAUGAGAAAGCAGCAAGCUUACAAAGCCUAUCGAACAAAGUUGAAUGCUUGCCAGAGAGCCUUAGAAUUGCGAAAGAACAAGUUUCGCAGAAAUGCAACUCUUUUGAGGCGCUUGUUGUCUUGGAAAUUUAAUGCCCAUUUGGGAAGAAAAGGAUUCAGUGGACUUAUCACAGUCAAUUAUGAAGAAAAAUCCCUUUCAAUCAAGGUGCAAAUGCCUCAAGAUGCAUCGGGAUGUGCUGUUCGUGACACACGAGGCCUUUCGGGUGGGGAGCGUUCUUUUUCAACAUUAUGCUUUACACUAGCCCUUCAUGACAUGACAGAAUCCCCUUUCCGCGCAAUGGAUGAAUUUGAUGUUUUUAUGGAUGCAGUCAGUCGAAAGAUUAGCUUGGAUACUCUUGUGGAUUUUGCUGUGGAACAAGGAUCCCAGUGGAUAUUGAUCACCCCACAUGAUAUUAGUAUGGUUAGGCAGGGAAACAGGAUAAAGAAGCAGCAAAUAGCAGCUCCCCGUUCUUGAUCAAUAAUCAUCAUCUGUAAUUUAUUUGAAUGUCUGCUUUAGGUGUAGAUGUGUAAGUAUGGUUCAAAGCGUUCUACUGUUGCCUUCGGUGCCAACACAGCACCAAUGACCUUUUGCUAAGGCUCAUUGGACAAGGUUGCGGGUUCUAUAUCGCCUGCCAAGGUAGUGUGUGUGGGUUAUGUAUGUUUUUCGAAAAAUGAACUGUUCGGACUUGCAUGACAUGAUGUAGAUAUGCCUGCCAUUUUUGUUGCUUGACUACCAUUUUUUGCUGGCACUAGUGAAUGGUAAGCAGAUUUACAUAUUCCUGUAGGCAGUAAAACUGAGGCAGACUUUUUAGCUAACCACAAUCAGCUGUUGCAAGUCAAUUAAAAUGCAUUGGAAGUUGGGUAAGGGAAGAUAUUUUCUUCCUUUGAAAUAUCACAUUAUUGUAGAAGAAAAUUUUAUACAUAAAGCGUGAAGAGGAGGAUGGCCAUCUCCCAAAUUUUUCUCUCCGGUCUCUUUUAUAAGGAAUCUGUAACUAUUUGGUCAGAACUAUGGAAAUCGAGUUGUUAUUAAUUUUAUGAGAAAAAAAAAUAAAAUUUUAA